AUGACCCUUUGCUCAAAAGUGGGCUGCAGGGCAAAACAGGAGUGUGCUCUGAUCUGGCCGCCUGUUCCCCAAAUUGUGCCCUCAGACGGCAAGUGUGAUCCCGGGUGGGUCGAGCGGGACUCCAGCUGCUACAAGAAGGAGGUGAAGCCCAACGGUUGGCUGGGGGCCUGGCACCACUGCGUCUGGCUGGGCGGCAACCUGGUCUCGAUCACCUCCUCGAUCGAGGAAGACUUUGUGAAGACGACCAUGGACAAGGACACCCCCUUCUGGCUGGGACUCUCCAACCAGAAAUGCGACGACUCCUGGUGUCGCUUUGAAGGCGGGAGCCAGAAGCUGGCCUGGUCUGAUGGCCAGACAACAACACACACCAACUGGGCCCCAAAAGAACUCGAAAGGUAA